GAGCCGAUCUCGAAUUGGUUUCGCCAUCUCCUGCGGCGCCGCGCAUUUUCUGCCCUACGCGCCUCCCUAUCAAGGGUCUAACGCCUAUCUACGGAGUCCUGAGGCGUCCUCUUUUUUUGAUAAGUGACUCGAGGGCGAGAAAUUUAUUUUCAUACAAAGGGGACGGGUCUUUCCUCAUCUCUCUCACCUGCCGAUUAGCAAACAUCCAACUUGGAAUUGUUUACCCCCAAACCUUUGGAGCUUCCUUGAAGGCUCCUCGCAUCAUCAUCAACAACAGCAACAUCAACAACACCGCCUAAAGGCAUUAUACACACCACCAAGCCAUGCAGUCGGUCCACAUCAAGCACGGCUCAAUCCGACAGGGCAAGUUUGACAUUUACUGGAGCAAGGACAAUGAGUGGGCCAUUAUCGACGAAGAGGAGGAGGAGAACGAGCGCAGGCUGAAGGAGCUUCAUCGCCUGAGCACGCGAUACUGGAGCGCUGGUCUCUUGGUUGUCCUGGUACCCGCUAUGUGCGGUCUACUAUGGUGCUGCCGAUUCAGAAGACGCCUCUAAAAGUAUCGCGGGUUUUCAUCACUCCACUCAACUCUUAUGAUUGAAUUCUUCAAUCGAACUAUGACUAUCCUUCGGGCAUGUCACGCCCUUCAGUAGAGGUUCUACUUUGAACCGACUGGGGCGAAAUGAGCGACGUCGUCGACCACUAAAGACCAACGUCGCCAUGCGUUCGUCUCGACGCCGAAAGCUCUCAUUUCUUUUCCGAUUCCUCACUCAUCGAACCACCCCGUUCACUUCCCCUUAUCGACCUCUCAUCAACUUUCAUCUUUCCUCUCUUGGCAUGCGCAUGCUCAGCCGCCGCAAUGCCAGCAUCAAGCCCAACAUGAGCAACCCCCUUGACAACACCAUGCGCCGCCGUCGCGGCCACGCCAGAUGACGACCCGCCGGUGCUCCCCACCAGCACAUCAGCACACAUCUCGGCCCCCUCGAUCGCGACCGCGCCAAACGUCACACCCAGCGCCAUCGGGACCAACACAUCCCCCCUCUUCGUCUUCACCGCCAACCCCCUCUCGACGGCAUGCCUCUCCAGUAUCCGUCGUUUUCUGCGUGCGUUCCGGAUGCGUGCCGCGUCGUAGGGGACCAUGAGCCAGCUUAGACCCGCGGUGACGGCUCCCGCUGCGGUGUGGAGCGCUGUUGCGGUUGAGCUGCUCGCGAGCUGGCGGACGUAGUGGGAUCGUCUCGCGAUGAGGGCUUCGUCAGACAUUUGGCGGCAUUUCAGGUCGUAUGCGUCAGUAUUGAAGGGCAUUGCUGUUUUUGCUUUGGAGUCUUUGGAAAGCCGUGGGAUGCAACUUGUGCAGGGGUGUGAAGGGGUUUGAUAUGGAAACGGCAGGAAUCGAGGCUUAGUUGGACUUAUUCCAUCUCUCUCAGACCUGGACUGAGAGUAUGGUCCUUCGGGAAGCACCUGGCAGUUAUAAUAACAUCUCCAGCUAUGGAGAUCAUAAUCGACCUACCGUCACAAGCAUUCAGACGAUAAUGGCACAGGCAGGCAGAACCAAACAGAACGCAAAAAUUGCACAGAAAGAAUAGAAUCAAGGCCGUAGCAGCUCGCACAGAUGUGGCUGACGGAACCUUGAGCUUAUCAGACCAUACAAGUUCCUUUUCAGUUGUUGAUCGGAGAAGAUAAGUCCGGCCCCGCCAAUACCAAAUUUCUAUGUCUAGUCCGAUCCCGAAAGGGGGG